CGCCCUCCUCUCUAGGAGCCAAUGAGAAGAGAGCUUCCGCGAUUGGCUGGCGCACGCUGACGGCAGUGGCGUGUGUUUGCAGGCCUGAGCUGAGCGACUACAGCACUUGGGGGAAGAGCAAUGCAUUCGUUAGAACAAGCCGAAGACCUGAAGGCUUUUGAGAGGAGACUGACAGAGUAUGUGUCUUGUUUGCAGCCGGCUACAGGUCGUUGGCGCAUGAUUCUGAUCGUGGUGUCUGUGUGCACAGCCACAGGAGCCUGGAACUGGCUGAUAGAUCCAGACACUCAGAAAGUUUCUUUCUUCUCAUCUUUAUGGAAUCAUCCAUUUUUCACUAUCAGCUGUGUGACUCUGAUUGGCCUUUUCUUUGCUGGAAUACACAAACGAGUUGUCGCACCAUCUAUUAUUGCAGCACGCUGCCGGACAGUACUAGCAGAAUAUAACAUGUCCUGUGAUGAUACGGGGAAACUUAUCCUGAAACCACGGCCUCAUAUCCAAUAGCACUUUGAAGAGACAGAAAUGGAGAGUAUUUCAUAUCAACAUAUUAAUCAUCAAGAUAGGCCUCAAUGCCAGGAGUUUAUCCAAAAUGUGUGAGGAUUGACCUCCCAAAUAGGACUCUAAAUUCCCUCUGCAAUUUAUGAAGAAGCAAUGGGAGCUCAAAAGGAAAUGUCUGUUUUGAAGAAAAACAUUGUUUCUGCUAUUUUUAGAUAACAUCCUUAUAUUUCUGUUGACAAUUUUGAGUUUUAUUUGAUUGUGGAUUGUGAUAUCCUCAAUUGUAAAGCUGUUCUAUUUUAGAUGCAUACGGUGUAUGUAUUUUUAAGUAAAUUGCUGAACACAUAAUAAAUAUUGAAGUGUAGAUAUUUGUUCACCUUAAGCUGAUUUCUACAUAUGUAGGCAACAUUUGUGAAAUGUUUAUGCCUAUGACAUGAUGUGCUGCUUUUUGUUGUUUUUAAAAGUACUUUUAUGUGACCAAAGGCUGCACUAGUUGUUUAACAUAAAAGGGAGACAGGCAAAUGCAUAUUAAAUGAGUGUCAUGGUUGGCUGAGAUUUUAUUUACUUUCACUCCAGAGUCAAAGUCUACAAGAAAAUCUUUAAAUGAGCUGUGUUGGCAAUAAUAAAAGUUGUUUGUUA